UGUUUCUGUCUGAAAGCAAGCAUUUUCAACAGCUGGUGUUACCAAAUUGCUGAAGGUAUACAACAUAGCGAGAAUUUCCUGGUCAAAAGUACUUAGUUGGAAAUUAUAAAGUGACACUUGAAAAUGGGUUGUGAAAACCGUUUUCAGGUUUUGUGUUAUGAACAAGUUUUGCGGUUGCACGAAGUUAUGGAGGAUGCGAUUCCAAUCCACGGACGGGGAAAUUUUCCAACUUUGGAUAUUAAGCUGAAGGAUUUGGUUAAAGCAGUAAGAGAAAAACUUCUAAAAGAAGGAGUAACGAUUAAAGACAUUAGGUUGAACGGAGGUGCAGCAAGUUACAUUUUUGGUACCGAAACCGUGAAAUCUUACAAUGACUUGGAUUUGAUUUUCGGUGUGGAUCUAACAAAUCAUAACGAGCUUCAGAAGAUAAAAAAUUGCGUUCUUGGUUGUCUCUUGGAUUAUUUGCCAGACGGAGUUAACAAAGAAAAAAUGAGCAGUUGCAGUUUGAAGGAAGCAUAUGUUCAGAAAAUGGUGAAAGUAUGUAAUGAACGAGGUGAUAGAUGGAGUUUAAUUUCACUUUCCAACAACAAGGGUAAAAAUGUGGAGUUAAAAUUUGUUGAUGCUAUGAAAAGGCAGUUUGAAUUCAGUGUGGACUCAUUUCAGAUCAUUUUGGAUAGUUUAUUAACUUUCUAUGAGAUUUCGUCCGCGCCCAUGAGCGAACACUUCUAUCCCACUCUAGUUGCAGAAAGUGUAUACGGUGACUUUUCAGAAGCUUGGGUUCAUUUAAACAAGAAACAGAUAGCAACCCGUAAUCCUGAAGAAAUAAGGGGAGGUGGUCUUUUAAAGUAUUGCAAUUUAUUGGUGCGGAGCUAUACCCCAGCUGAAAAUGUGAACUGUCAAGCAAUGGAAAAGUACAUGUGUUCUCGGUUUUUCAUCGAUUUCAGUGAUUUAAAUCAGCAGAGACAGAAGCUUGAGUCCUAUCUAAAUAAUCAUUUUAGUGGUGAAGAAAAUUUGAAACAUGAAUAUCUACUGACGCUUUAUCGAGUCGUCGAUGAAAGUACCAUAUGUUUGAUGGGACAUGAACGCAGGCAGACUCUAAAUCUCAUCCACCAACUUGCCUGUGAAGUUCUUAUGGAACAGGAGAGAAAAGCACAUGCAAAAUACCUUGAAAUGCAACAUUUCGACCAACUGAGCAAUCUAACAAUUGACCAAGUGUACUUUCAUAGUCCUCUAAAUUCUGAUGGGUGCCAGUAUUACAGUUAUUUUCCAAAUGUGUAUCAAGUGAAUGGAUCGUCAAACUGUCCUCUUUGUCCAUCUUCGUUUCUACAGUGCUCAUAGUGAAUUUGGAAUGUUUCGUGACGAAUGGAGAUUGUUUGUAGACAUUUAAUUCGAAAGGAUGUAUUAAACUACAAAAAUAUUUGCAAAGGAUCAUACACACCUUUAGAAUUUCAAUGUGGAUUAAUUGAUUAGUUUGGUCUGAAAGAUUUAUUAUUAAGUCAAAAAUAUGUAAAUUGUAUGAAGAAACGAAAGGUGAAUGAAAAAAAACAAAUAACUGCAAAAAAUAUUAAUUGGAUGUCAUAGAUUUUUUUGUGGAUGAGUACAAGUUUGUGUCAGAGAACAAGAUAAAGAUUUUUUUUGUGUAUUUGAUGUGAAAAUGAGAUUUAGUGGUGAAUGAUAUGACAGAUUUGGUGUAGCAAACAUUAAAUGUUGCAUCCAUGUACAUGUAGUCUUUCAUUUAUUUGUCAUAUUGUGACAUUCUUGUUAAUGUCUUUGUAUUAUUAUAUUAAGUACAUCUAUGUAUAUGUGUAAUUUUUCGCUCAAAUUUGGAAGUUUGGCUGAAAUUGGUCAACUACAGCAAAAGAAUUUUAUUGACUUGUUUAUUAAGUAAUUACAUGUAUAUUUUUAUUAUUUACAGUUAUAAUUAAUGUGGUACAUGUAUAUGUACAAUGUUUACAAUAAAUUGCUUUUUUUUUAAAUCUCAAGGAUGCUUCAGGUGUCAUCUUCAUGUAUGACAUGAUUGUCAGUGUACAAACAUCAAACAUACCAAAAAUAAAAUAAUAAAAAUACACACAUGUGUCAUUUAAAAAAAAAUAAGGGUAUGUCUCAUUUUCAGUAAAAAAAUUGUAAAAAUGGAAGAAAUUAAAAAGAAAAAAGAGAGGGACCAUAUACAAAUAUUGUAUAUUUUGUAAAUUAUGUGAACAGUGCCAGACUGAUGAUGUUGUUAGUAUAAAGGAGGGAUCUAAGAUGUAAUAUACUUCAUGGAACGUACUUUGUGUUUGUGUUGGUGAAACCAUCUUGUACAUGUAUGUAAUAGAUACAAUGUAUGUACAUGUUAUCCCUCAAGAAGUUUUCUUUGGUAAAAGAUCUUUACUUUGUAAAUAAUAUAAAUAUAUAUAUAUAUACAUUUAAGAUUUUCUGGUGCUGUCUUUAGCAAUAAAAUAUGUUGCCUUUUUACAGUCAUUGACAGUAAAACAAAAUGGAAUAGUUCUAGGACAAGAGUUAGUUGAAAAACACAUAAAAUGAUACCACCAAGAAAUAUUAGCUCUGAUCAUGACAGUCCUUCAAAAAUUGGAAAAUUGAUUUUUAUCCUUGGCCAAAAAAGUUGUAGAAAUGAACAUUAUGACAACAAGUGAUAAUUUACGUACAAUAAAUGAAAACUUAUGAUAAUUGAAAUAAAGAUAUAUGAAAGCCAUAAAGACAUUUAUAAAUAUAUGUUCAAAAUUCUAUGAUGCUGCAUCUUAAAAAAAAAUUAGCAAAUUUUAAUAUGAAAAAUGAAGUAGUUUCUCGUUCCAAUAAACAUGACAUAAUUGAGAAUAUAAUAAGAACUCUUUAAAAUUGGUAAUUAAAUUUUAGUAGUACAUUCACAGUGCAAACAUUCAGUGCAUACCUAUGUACAUUUGUAUUAUAUAAAGAUACCCUUGAUUGCAUAAAAUUGUGGUUAAGAAAUCUUUACAUGGAUUCAAUAUUAUUUAACUAAAUAAAUUUUUAGUUACAUGAAUUAAAUCUUUACCUCAAAAGAAUAACACCUUUAAAGUCUUACAGUGUAAGAUUGGAGUAAGAGAUUAGACCAAAGUGUUACCAGGUGUAAAGAUUAAUAAACAAAUCAUUGAUCAUUAUGUAUUUUCAUUGAAUUUAUGCAAACUGUGAUAUUUUAUUGGUAUCUUGUUGCAAUAUAUUACAAGCAGUGUUUUUUGCUGUGUUAAAUGUAUUAUAAUUGUUGAUAUCCUAUAUAGAUCAUGAUCUUUUUCUUUGUUGAAUUAUUUUUUGUCUGUUGCAUAGACUUGUGCAUUGUACUAACCAAGGAAUACAUCAUCAAUUCUCUCAUCAUACUUUAUUUAUAUUUCAAUAAAGUCUACAUGACCCUGUAUGGCAGAAUCUCCUAAUUUAUUUGGACUUUGACCACAAAAGAAUGCACACAUUCAUCUCUUAAGUUGCAACUUGCCAUGUUCAUGAUUUACAUGUAGGUGUAGGAAUUUUGAAAGAUUAUGAGAUUUAAGAUUUUGAAAAAUGCUGACUUGAUUAUUUUGGUUUAAUUGAAUAUAUAAAUAUAAAUAGCAGUCAUGGUUAGUUGGUUUGAAUGUCUUUUCAAAUAUUGAGGUUGGUUCUAGAGCUUUAAAAGAUAUGUCAGGCCACCUUUAAGCAUAAAAAUAAAGAUACAUGUAUGUACUGAUAGUUUCAAAGCCGUCAUAACAAAAUCUUAUUAAAUGGAAUCAAAUUUAUUACCAUGUAAUUUGACAUUGAACUUUUUAGUAGACCAUACUAAAGGUGAUUUUAUACCAUUCAUUUUGUUCUUUUGAAGUUAUUUUUUUUUUAUGCUGCAUAAACUUUAGGCUUCAAACUUUUAAAAGACCAUACUAAAGGUGAUUUUAUACCAUUCAUUUUGUUCUUUUGAAGUUCUCUUUUUUUUUUUAUGCUGCAUAAACUUUAGGCUUCAAAGUUUCACAUUCAUCAGGAAAUAAUAAAUAUUGUUGAUUAACCCAAACCUCAUUACUACGGUCUAUGGAUAUGAAUUACAGUAUUUGGUAAAAAAAGCAUGACAAAGGCAUGAAUGCACUGGCCUAUGAGAGUUCAAAGAAUAUAUAAAGAGUACUGAUAGAAUUGAUGGUGUAUUUGUAGCUUCUUUAUGAGGCUUCCAGGACGUUUGUGUCAUUUAUAGUGAUGGAUUAUAGUGAAUGAAACACCUUGUCAGUCUAAACUGCCUUGGGAACAACAUGUCGAUGUUACCUGUACAUUUUUUUUAUCUUCAAAAGUUUUUCUGGUCAGAUAUCUUUGUAAAGUUUGUUUUGAGUCAACAAUUGUCCCUUAUUGAAGAUAUAAAUGUACUGAACAAGUACACAUACUAAAUCUACAUGUAUAAUUCUACUAGAUGACAAAUGGAAUUUUGCAUGCAGCUUUUUUUUAAUUUUUAUUUCCAAAAGUUUUUCUGGUCAGAUAUCUUUGUAAAUUUUGUUUUGAGUCAACAAUUGUCCCUUAUUGAAGAUAUAAAUGUACUGAACAAGUGCAUGUUCUAAAUCUACAUGUAUCUUGAUGACAAAUGGAAUUUUGCAUGCAGCUUUUUUUUUAUUUUUAGAAAGUGUUGCUUUAACAGCAUUAUGGUACUGAAACUAAAUCAAGAUUUCAAUUUCAUCUCAAUUUCCAUACAUGGCAUUGAAAAAGUAAAAAUUAAGUGUAGGUCAAUUUAAAACCUUCAUAAGUCAUUGAUCAUGUUGAUAAUACAUUUUAAAAAAAAGUUAAAUGAUGUAAAUUUGAAAUUAUUUUAUUAGUACAAUAUUUGUUAACUUUAUAAGUUUUAAGAAAAAAGGGUCUGAUCCAAAUGUGUGAGUUUAAAAAACAAAAUUUAGAUGAUCAAGAAAAUAUAUCCUACAUCAUAAUACAUGAUAUAUACACAUACAUGUAUAUGAAGAAAUUUUCUUAAAUUCAGUUGACUUAAUGUUUCUAGUAGGUUUAAAAUUUUGGUAUAAUAAAUUUUAUAAUACAGCAUGAUAGCUACUAGAUUUUGUAAUCUCUAAUAACAUUUUACAAGUUAUGUUCAUGGCCCAUUUAAAUUUACCUGAAGAAAGUUUUAAUCAGUAUUAAAAUAACAGUGACACUGGUAAGCAAAUGUGGCUCCCAUCCAAUUUAAAGUUUUUAAUAGACAACCUUGGAAUUUAAUGUAAAUUGUCCUACAAGUAAAUCCAUUUAGAUUUACAAUUGGAGGCAUAAAUUAAUAUUUUUACAGGUGGAUUAUCAAGCAUUGUAGUUUAAGAUCAUAAAAUAUUAAAAAUUUGAUGCGGAUUAUAAAUACAUGUAGUUCCAAUACUUUGUACUUUAAACAGUUUAACAAGACCUGUGUCAGAGCGUAUAGUGCACCUGGUAACAGCUGGUCCAUGCUAGUUUAUAUUUUUGAAAUUUUGCCAAUUUUGCCGCAUGCUUAUGCAUGCUAAUGUUCUAUUUUUCUGAUGAUAACCUUUGAAAAAAUUAUUUCAGACCUGUUAUUUUUUUCACAUAUUUCGCAAUGCAUUGUGGUUAAUUAAGAACCUAAAAUAUCCAAACCUGUCAAGUACCAGUGGAGGAUCCAAGGAGGGGGGUGGGUUCCGGGGGCUGGAACCCCCCCCCCCCCCACUUUUUGGACGAUCAAUGCAUUUGAAUGGGGAGAUAUAGUUGGAACCCCCCCCUUUAUUCUGGGUUAGGAACCCCCCCUUUUAUAAAUGGCUGGAUCCGCCCCUGAGUACAAGGCCUAAUUUAGUUCCAUUUGUUAUCUUAUGUAAAUAGAAUAACAUUGAUCCCAGUUUUACAAUAUAUGCCCCAAAAUCUAGAUAUCAUAUAAAGCCUUGAUGAAAUCUGAGUUGCCUGCAGUUGCUUUGUAAAUGAAUUUAUAUAUUUAGCCAGGGCAAAGGAUUUUUUUACUGCUUAUAUGUAGCCAGGAAGCUGGUUUAUUUUAAGCAACUUUUUCACUGGUUAAUUUGCUUGGAUAGAAAAUGAAUCAUUCUUUCUGAAUUUGAUAGUAACAUGUAUGUGUAUCCACACUUUUUGUGUAACAUGGCAAACAUAGAGUUAAUUAUGAAUUAUGUCAAUUACAUGUACACACUUGUAAUUAUUCAUCAGAGAUAUAUGUAGAUAAUUGAUUCCACAUGAUGUUAUUAUUUCAUCAACACAGUGCAGUGUAAUAGAUACACCAGAAAAAAUGAUUUCUCCACAUUUUUCUUUGACUGGUGCUCCUUACCAUUUACCAGCACUUUGAUUAUGAAUGGACUUUAAAUCUAACGUGGGCUGGGGGAGUCUUUCAUGUACAUUUUUUAAAAGAAAAACUGGGAAUAACCUUUUCUUUUGUGCCAAGGGAAACAAUUUUUGAAAAUUGAUUGUAAAAGAUAAUGAUUGAUGGAAUUGAUUUAAAAAUUCACUUAGUACUUUUGGGUUCCAACAGAUUAGCCUUGCUCACAUUGUUCCAUCAAUAUUGCCCUUUGCCCUUGGUUUUCAUUAUACUUUGUAAAAUACAAAUUUGCUAUUCCUUAAGAUUUUCAUCACUAAGCUUGUACUAUAUGGGUUAUAAAAACUCUCAGACGUUUUGAAUUUAUUCAUGAAUAAAUCGUCUGUGACCAUGAAGUUUUUCUGCUCUUUGGGCCCAUGAUUAUAUAGGGAUUAUACAUUAACAACUUAUUGAUGAAGUUGUGACAGCUUGUUACAUGUACAUUUGUAAUAGAUUCAUUGUUUUCACACCUUAGAAUAUAUUACCAGCCUAAAUAGUUUUGUUGUUCAUAUUCAUGAAAUGCGUUAAGGGUCCCUAGGUUGCUGACCUUUUCAGAUGGGAAGCUUUUUUAUUUCAUGAUCACCACUUGACCUUAAAGGAUUACAACACUCUGUUUUUUCUGAAAUUUUAUUGAAAAAUAUUAUCGUACUUUUAAUCAGAAUGUAUUCCAAGGUUGUCUGUUCUAAGAUCUUGUCAAGUAAGAUUAGAUUCAUACCCAUGCACACAAGUAAGCGUAAAAAGGCAGCAUGUUUCACCAAAGGGUUUGAAUAGAAUUUCGUUAUCAUGUAUCACUGUCUUACAAAAUGCAUCAACAAUUUCUAGUCUUCAAUUAUAUUGUACAAGGUGUCAUCUCCAAUUAUGGUUUAAGAGAGCCUAACAAAUAUACUUUCAUCUCUGGACAAGGUGUGAGCUCCAAUUGUGGCAAAAUGGAAAGCCUUUCUCAUAUAUAUAUAUACUUUCGUUCUGGUUCAUGUUAACUUUUAAUAAAAAAAAGCACACAUGUAUUAAAAUUUAAAUUAAACUGUAAGUAACACUGAAAAAAAUCUUUAAUAGGAAUCAUUUAUCCUCCCUUUUUGUUUUUUUGUUUUUUUUAUUUAAAACACACAAUUUUGUGAUUACAUUCAGUGUUGCUUUCAAAGGUGUACCAUCCGGUCACCUUUGCCCUCUUUUCCGGAUAAAUGAAGUAAACCAGAAAUGUUGGAGGUUACAUAAUAGCCUAUGAUAAUUUGCAUUAAUUGAGCAAACCAAUAAAAUUUAUAAACAGAUGUUAAUCAGUGAUUUUGCAGAAUUUGUCCUUUUCUAAUGUCAUUAUUGAUCAUGUUGAUUCUGUCUCAUAUUCUAGAAGGAAAAAGAUUUUUGAGCCUGCCAUGUCUGAUAAAUCUAUAAUAUGAUUAUGUCAUAUUAUUGUCAUUUUUCUUGGUAUUUCAUUCAUCAUUAAAGAGAAAUCCAAGAAAAUUUCAUCUGAAUCUACAUUUUUGUUUAGAAAAAUUCCGUCAGUGAAUCCAAAUCAUUUUCAUUUCAUAAGCCAGGGUUCUAAUAAAUGUAGAAAGUGUGCUAGGGAGAAGUUUGGUCAGUAUUCUGUUGACUUGCACAAACCUGUCAAUAUAUUGUAAUAAAAUGAUCUGUAUUAUAUCAUGUAUAUCAUAGAAUGUUAAAACUUCUCCCCAUCACAGUUAAAUAAGAAAAGUGGCACAAUUUACUCAGUGUUUAAAUAUACCAUUGAGAAAGUGCAUUUUGUGCAAGUUGUACUUUUAAGGUUUCUAAGGUGUGCAGAAAUGAAUUCACACAAAUACUCCAGUUAAAUUUCAGGUUACUGAAUAGACAACUAAUCAAUUUCAUACAAUAUUGUGUUUCAAACUUGCUGCAAAAAAGUCAAGAGUGGCAACAAGUAUAUUCUUGGUUCAGAUAAUGCACUCUCAAUGGUAUUUUUAGAUGCAGUGUAAUACAUUUUUUUGCCCUAUUCCUCUGGUUUUUAUUAAGCAUUAUUUCAAUGUAACACUGCAGCCAUGUUAAGGCAGUUAGAUCGUGAUUGGUUAUUGUAUGAUAUGGAUGCCAAAGUUUAUUGUACAGCUUCUGUAUAUUUUUGUAUUUACAAGAUUUUUUUUCUCUAUUUUUGUGAUAAAUGCACAAAUGUUGUUAUAUAAAUAUUCUACCAUGAAAGUUGAGAGGCAAGCAGUGUCCCUAUAUAAAAUAUAUAUUAUUGUUAAAACUACAAGUUAUAUCAAAAUUUUAAUUUCAUUGCUGGAUGAUUAUCUGUAUAAACACAGAAUUCCAGAAAUAAAAUAUUUUUGAAAACUU